CUGGGAGAAAUCGUGCGUUGUUUCGGUCAAUUUGUCAGUGAAGACCCUCAAUACUGUUUUUGACCACAGGGUGGCAGUAUAUGUCUAAGAAUAAGCGCCGCCGCAGUCAAACAGCAUGAGAUCUGAUGUAGUUGUCUGUUUCUUGGCUUUUUGCAGUUCCCCACAGGUGCAUAAAUAAAAUCCAGAUUCUACAUUUUCAGGUGUUCCGAGAGUUUGCGCAUGCGCGCUGCGUGCCCUGCGCAUCCAGGUGUAUGAGCGUCGCGAGCGCGGCUGAUGAGAGCAUUCGCUGCUUCACAGCGGGACCGAACAGCUGAAGCAGAUGUCGCUGCUGGAGAGGCUGGACUGGCGGCAGGAAAGACAUGAUGUUAGCAGCAAUGGAAACCCCCGUUUACCUCACAUUCCCACGGUGAGCCAGCACCUCUACAGCCCGCCACCGUCCCUCUCGCACACCGCCAGCUCGGACUUCCAGCCGCCGUACUUCCCUCCCCCUUACCAGCCUCUGCCGUACACCCAGCCUAACGACCCGUACUCUCACCUGGGCGACCCGUUUAGUAUCAACUCAAUACACCAGUCUGCAGCAUCUAAUCAGCAACAGUCAUGGCCCGGACGGCAAGGUCAAGAGGCCAUAGGGUCCCACGGCCGCAGUGGACUCGGCAGUCCCCUUCUGGGCCUGGAAGGGGGCUCGUCCGGGAUGCGCCGGGAUGGUUUUAGGAGACCAGAGCUACUGCCUCCACACAUUCAUGGAAUCGAUUCCAUAGGUGAUAACAUGGGUUUGCACGAUAUAGGCCACGGAUUGGAUGACGUUCAGCAAGAAGGUGAUCACAGUAUUGUAAUUCCUGAUCACACAGUCAUCAAAAAAGGUCCGAUGUCCCUGCCAAAGGGAAGCCCGUUUGGGAUUCCCUUUCAGAAAGAGUCUCUGCUGGGAAUGGUGUCAAAUCCCACUGAGGUCUUCUGUUCAGUACCUGGUCGACUCUCUCUUCUCAGCUCCACUUCCAAGUACAAAGUAACUGUUGCAGAAGUUCAGAGACGCUUGUCCCCACCGGAGUGUCUAAACGCUUCCCUGCUCGGAGGAGUAUUACGCAGGGCAAAGUCAAAGAACGGCGGCCGAUCCUUGAGAGAAAAACUGGAUAAAAUUGGACUGAACUUGCCGGCGGGUCGCAGAAAGGCCGCCAACGUCACCUUACUAACUGCUCUGGUGGAAGGUGAGGCCGUACACCUGGCCAGAGAUUUUGGGUACGUCUGUGAGACAGAGUUUCCUGCCAAGGCCAUCGCGGAGUACCUUGGCCGACCGCACGUGGAACGCAAUGAGAUCAACUCUCGCAAAACCAUGCUCUUGGCAGCCAAGCAAAUCUGUAAGGAGUUCACCGACUUGCUGACUCAGGACCGAUCUCCUCUGGGAAACUCAAGGCCGGCUCCCAUUCUCGAGCCAGGGAUUCAAAGCUGCCUGACUCACUUCAGCCUCAUCACCCACGGCUUCGGCUCUCCGGCCAUCUGUGCGGCCAUGACCUCGCUGCAAAACUACCUCAACGAGGCGCUCAAGCAGGUGGACAAAAUGUACGUGAGUUCGACCGGAGACUCCUCGCAGACCUCUUCCGACGGCUCCAACAAAGUAGACAAGAUGGACAAACACAGAAAGUGAGGCUGAGGUCAAACUCCAUUGGAUCAUUUGAACGCAACAACCAUUUUUGUAGCGGAAUGACGUUUUCCCAGACCUGACUCUUCGUCGUCGUCGUAGUUGUCGAUUCUGUUUCCGUUCUGCUUUGUUUUCUCACAUCAAGAGUAAGCUUAAACUCGAAGCCCUCUUGGGUCACGUCUUGGUCUUCCAGCACUUUCUCCUCCACAAACACAUUUCAAAGCUUAGCCUUAGUCGAGACAGUUCUGUAUCGAGCGACGAUUCAGACGGUCAUCAGGAAGUUGUCUCUCAGAGGGGAACUGCAAAGAGGAAGUUGUUGAGUUUCCCAAAGAUACCAUUUCAAGAGUUGACGUGGAUUUUAACUGUUUUCUUUCGCUACCAAACUGGGAGGAGGAAGUUUGAUUUCUCCGUGUCCUCCUCCUUGGUGCUGACCUCCCAAUGGACCAAGGAUGUGAUUAUGUUUCAGACAUUAUAACUUGUUCUAUGCUUGUCUUCAUUGGACGCAGUGUUAUUGUUCUUCUCUUUGUGGGAGUGUUGUUGGCAUGAGUGUGUUUCGUGUGCAUGGAUGUACAUGAUUUCCAAACAACCCUUUAUCCACUGAUCAGUGGGUUCUUCUAUAUGAGAAAUGCUCAAGAUGUAUUUGGCUUAAUUUUUGUCACCGAGAACAAUUAAAGAGAUCUUUGAUUAAGUUAUCAUGAUCAAAUCAAAUAUCAUAAGGUUGGGUGUGUGUGCAUGUUCGGUUUCGUAUGAGUGUACAACUUUGAUCAUCUUUUUUGAUGCCUUUACGUCAGAAUAGAAGUUAAAUGAUCCAUUUGUCUUUCCCCAAAUGUAAAUAUUUUCUAAUUUAUGUUGUAAUUUAAUGGGAUUUGUAAAUAUUGGUACAAUUAUGGUGUUUGGUUCCACUUUUUAAAAAAGACGUGUUAAGCUUUUAUAAAGGGGUUUGUUAUUUUAUCAUAUAGUGGUUAGGCUACGGGAUCGAUAUUCUUUAUAGAAAUGUGUAAUAUUGGUUUAAAGCUGUAGGAAUAAAAACUCAACACUCUUGAUUUGCGUCUGCCAAGACUCCCCAUUUAUGACAUUGAGUUGUACACUUCACUACACGCGUGCCCUGCAAGUGAGGCAUGUUGAACAUGGCCAAUUCAUGUGUAUAAAGAUUCCUUUUUAAAAUAAAUGUCAGCAAUGCUCACAGAAAGAAGAGUAGUGGUCAUCAUUGCACAAAACGGGUCAAACAAAGGCUUUCCUCAGAAAAGAAGAGUAGGGUUUCACCCUACUGAACACCUGUCUUAUACCUGGAUUACUCUUUGAAUGUUUGUGAAACUCAUUUGUUCGAAACAGAUAGUUCCCCUCUUUUCAUUACCAUGCUUAUCUCACAAAUUGACGUGACAGGACAACAGUAAUAUGUGUGUGAAGUUUCCGCAUCGCUCUUUUCAUAUUUAAAUGUUCUACUGUGAAACUCGCAGUGUGGUUUCAGAUGAAGUGAUGGGACUGUUGUGAAGAGAUAAACAAAGCCAUGAGAGAAUA